CUGUCACCGCGCCUGCCGCCGGGCGCCGCCAGCAUGUUUGACAGGACGCGGCUGCCCUUCGUGGCGCUGGACGUGCUCUGCGUGCUGCUGGCUGGCUUACCCCUUGGUGUUCUAAACUUGGCCAAAAUAAAACCGUAUCAGAGAGGCUUUUUCUGUAAUGAUGACAGCAUCAAGUAUCCGUUCCAUGACAGUACCAUCACAUCCACUGUCCUCUACACAGUGGGGUUCACCCUGCCCAUUUUCUCUGGAAAUGCUCAUGCAAAGAGAUGAUUUUUACCCACCUUUUCAGGAGAACGCUGAAUGUCAAAAAAUGGAACCAUUGAACUUAGUGAUCUGUGGAGUGAUGGUUCAUUUCUUGAUAAUCGUAGGAGAGACUCUCUCCGUCUUUUAUAAUAAUUUGCACUCAAAUUCGUUUGUCAGAAAUAACUACAUAGCCACUAUUUACAAAGCCAUUGGGACCUUCAUUUUUGGGGCAGCUGCUAGCCAGUCGUUAACAGACAUUGCCAAGUACUCCAUAGGUAGACUGCGUCCUCACUUCAUUGCUGUGUGCCAGCCCGACUGGACACGGAUAAACUGCAGCCUGGGCUACAUUGAGAACUUCACUUGCAAUGGGGACAAAGCAAAAAUCAAUGAGGGAAGACUAUCAUUUUAUUCUGGCCAUUCUUCAUUCUCCAUGUACUGCAUGCUCUUCGUAGCACUUUAUCUUCAGGCAAGAAUGAAAGGAGACUGGGCAAGACUUGUACGUCCUACUAUACAGUUUGGUCUUAUUGCUGCAUCUAUCUAUGUGGGUCUCUCACGUGUUUCUGACUACAAGCAUCACUGGAGUGAUGUUUUAACAGGACUUACGCAGGGCGCAGUGGUAGCUGUGCUCAUUGUUGUGUAUGUGUCAGACUUCUUCAAAGUCAGAGGAUGUACAUUUCAACCAAAAGAAGAUUCCCAUACAACCCUACAUGAGACUCCAACAAAUGGAAAUCACUUUGGCAGCAAUCAUCAACCAUGAAGAAUGACCCACGUUACCUAUAUUGCUCUGAAAGAAAACAAUUUCAGAAGUCUAACUUUGUAUUUUAAGUAAUUGCCUUUAAGGGACUGCUGCUGCUCUUGGAUGCUCACUUAACCUGUAUAUAGUAACAUCUACCACAGUUAUUGUACACCUAACUUUAAAUUUCUGUUGGUUCAAGCUCUUGCUUAAAAAAAAGCUAUUACAACUGUAAAUUUUUAUUGAAAACUGUAACAAGUUAUAUUACAUACACUGCUGUUUGUACAUGCCCUGUUGAAUCAACUGUGGUUUAAGUAAACACCAUUAAAAGGAAUUACUUGAUAUGGAA